AUGAGUUUAGAUAAACUCGGUAUUAAUCUUGGUAAAAUGGGUAAAAGUUUAUCCAACUUCCAGCAGUUGACACGGGAGAAACUUGGUAAUGUAGAAGACAUAACGGGUCUUCCGCCAGAGUAUCAUGAUCUUGAAAGACGCGUUGACAACUUGGAUAAGGUUCAUAAGAGAAUGCUCCAAGUAACACGUAUUUAUACGAAUACAUCUUAUGAUUAUCCGGACCAAAUUCGACAAUCAGUUGUAGAAAUUUCAAACAACCUCUUUGACCAGUUAAAAAAUAUUACUCAAAAUUCUAAUCCUGAUGCUCAUGACACAGAAGAAUCUUUAACAUCAUCUCAACAAAAAAAUUUACAUCACGCAUUAGCACGAGCCUCAAAUGAGGGAGCAGCACUUCUUGAUUCUGAUGAUACUCUUGGGACUGCCUUAAAAAAAUACGGAACUUCACAAGAGCGUAUUGGAGAUUGUCGAUAUAAAAUGGACUCAGAAAUUUCGUUAAAUUUUUACCAACCUUUCUAUGCAACUUUACACACACAAAUUCAAGGUGCUAUGAAAGCCAGGGCUAAUGUCAAGUCUGCACGCUUGUCUCUUGAUGCAGCGAAAAAUAGGUAUAAAUCUGUUCGACAAGAAAGAAUAGAGGCUGCUAGAUUGGAAGUUGAGCAAGCUGAAGAUCAGUUCGUUGCUGCUGUUGAAGAAGCUACCACGUUGAUGAAGCAAGUAAUAGAGACGCCUGAACCUCAUAGAAACCUUGCACAUUUAGUUAAUGCACAAUUGACUUUUCACCAGGAAGCAUGCAAAGCGCUUAAUGAAGUUGUUCAAGAUAUUGAAGAGAUGCAAUUGAAGCAGGAGUCUUUGUACAGGUAA